AUGGUUUCAAUGGGCUAUUGUUAUUGUGCGCUCCCGGGCAGAAUAGGAGAGGUACUGUAUUCAACAAACCGGUUACACUCGUUUUCUAAGAAUCAAAUAAAAAUGUCAAGCACUUCCAAGGCUUCUACAAGUUCAUCCUUGUCGAGCACAGCCACCUCUUCAACAUCUGCAGCUAGAGGUAGUGACGGGUGUGUUGUUUGCGAGUCGGUCGCCCCAUCAUGUCCUGUGUGCGCUUCAGGAGAAUAUUGUGUUAUGACUUCAUUGACAUGUGACAAAUGCCCUUCCACAUAUUGUGCGAAACAAUCCGACUCGCAAUUGAGCAGUUUAUCUACUUCCUCCUCCAGUUCUAGUUCUAGUAAUUCAAAUGGCAAAACUUCAUUGAUUGUAGGGUUCACCGUGGGUAUUGUGGGUGGUGCGAUGCUUAUUGUCUUGGUAGCGUUGUAUUUCAUCAAUAAGAGAUAUUGGAAGCCCAAAAGGCAAAGAAAUAAAGCUUUGAAGCUGGAAGAGACAUCGCAGAAUUACGGGAACGAAGAGGACUACUUCGACGAUGAAGACGACGACGAUGAAGACGAUGACGACGACGAUGAAAGUACUGGGGAUAUGAGAAAGGAAGAAAGCCACACUCUGUUUAAUGCGCCAUUAGUACCUCCGACUCUUAACGUGCCGGGGAACAGAAGUUCCACAUCUACCACGCGUACAAAGGCUUCUAACAUUUUGCCUAUUGCCUACAUUCCUGGUGUAACAAGCGGUUUGACUGCCGACAAACUGCAAUCAAAGCUACGUUCAAGCUCAAAGAGACAAAAUGCGCCUGGCGAUAUUAGAUCCCAUAUAACUUUAGGUUCAUCUAUCUUAGAUGGCCUGGAUGAGGACGAUGAUGAGCAUAAUCAAGGGCUCGAUAAGGACUCGGGGGAUAAUCUCAUAACUGCUAUUCGUGCUAAGCCCAAACUGGUUCAAAUAGCGGAGGAAGAAAGUGACAAAGAGAUUCAGGACCUGGAUGUCAUUGGGGAACAAACAGAAGCGGAUGAUGUUGCAGAUGAUCUUUUAAACAUGGCAAAGAAUGAGGCAAGCGAGGAUCAGAACAACGAUGAUGACGACGAAGAAGGAAGCUUUAUACUAGAUUUAGAAAUCCCAGAAUCGAUACGCGAGAGCACCCAAGGCAGUCGUACUGAGAGCCCGUUUGAGGACAAGUUCGAAAUACAUGAUGAACGAUAA